GUAUAACAACUUUAUUCAAUCAUACACCGAUAAUAAAUACAUACAGUGUUGGCGUGCAAUAUGUGGAUUUAUUAGAUUUUGAAUCACAUGUUCAAUGUAACGUUUGCGAGAAUACGGGAUAUUGUUUAAAAAGUUAUUGGUUACAGCUACAAGGCUAUUCGUGGGUUUAAAUAUACUGCAAUUGCGUUUUAUUAAUGGUAUCGGUGAAGAGGGUGUUGCAUAUUUCAUAUCAAGCGAGCAGACAAUAUUACUGGCUACGUACGAUGGAGGUUCGUGGGCUACGUGCAUAUUCAUUCUUGACGCUAAUAUUGGGAUUGACAGGAAUACUGGCUUCCUUUAUAUAUUUUUCUAACUACGAUGCUAAUAUUGCACUGGUAAACAAAGUCAAUAUAGGCACCUUAAAGAUUGAUUUGCGAGUAAUUGUCAUAGUUUAUAAUCGGGCACAUUCCGUCCUUCGUUUACUAGAAUCUCUGAACAGGGCUGACUAUGAAAAUGACAAUGUUAAAUUGGAGGUCUGGAUAGACCGCUCUAUAAAUGGAACCGUGGACCCAUUAACGGAACAAACAGCGCGGGAAUUCCGGUUCCGUCACGGCGCGUAUGAUGUGAUCGUGCAUCCACAAAAUGUUGGCAUAUAUGGACAAUGGUUAUCUACAUGGAAUCCCAACAAUAAUCCCCAAGAAAUAGCCGUGAUUCUCGAAGAUGACCUCGAGGUGUCACCGCAUUUCUAUAAGUAUCUGAAGCUUGUGCAUUCCAAAUAUGACCAUUACCCGGAAAUUAACGGAUUUGCACUGCAAGGUCUGUCCAUUCAUCACGGGGUUAAAACAUGGCAGAGUUUCAUUAACUACACAGAUGGCCAGUGUGUGUACCUAUAUCCGGUCCUGGGAACUUGGGGAUUUUCGCCGAGCAGAAAGAACUGGGUUCGAUUCUUGGACUGGUAUGCGGAAGCAAGAAAUACAUCCGACUUUAAACCGAAUGUUCCCGGGAAUGUUGCGACCUCUUGGUAUAACACAUUUCUUGCACGGGGAAAGACGAAUACAAUGUGGUCGAUGUGGCAUAUUCACUUCGCCUGGAUGCACAAUGAGUACACGUUGUAUCCGAAUUUUAAAGAUCACCAGGGUCUGACCACCAACUGGAUGGAGCCCGGCUUGCAUUACGACGCGAACAGUUCGAGACAAUCGAACCUUCUUCUGAAGACCUGGGAACCCGGAUAUGAGAAUAUGCCAGCAUUUCCGGCCCGUCUAGAUAUAGACGGAAACGUGUCUAGUCCACCUAUCCUUUAGUAAGCGAAACGAACUCAAGUCCACAUUUUCGUGUUUUUAGACGUUUACGUGACCCUUUUGCGCCGAGUGUGUGUUUUCUGCAGUGAUGACGAAUUUAACCGCGUGAAAAGUUCUGACGGAUUAUGUAUCCGAGCUGCAAUGCCACAUAUAUAUGGACAUCUGAGUUUCCGGGGGAAAUAUUUUAGGGUAUGCCGAUGGUCAAUCUUGUACUGGAUAUUGAAUUAGGAGAGCUGAGGUGACAGCGUUCGUUCGAGAGGUCAAAUGAGCGUAAUCUUGGGAUCAUUUGUAUUUACUGUUGUUUUUACUUCAGAGCAUUCCGAUUAUAACUGUGAUUUUUGUUCUUGAUGCUUUUUUCAAAAUAAAGCAGCGUUUGUUGAUUA